UAUAAGGCAAAAGAGAAAUGGAUUAUGCACCUGAAGAUUUGGAUAUCAAUAAAACAUUAAAUGUCAACCUUAUAAAUCUCAAGAGAUGAGCUAGAAAUGUUCAAAAUAUUGAUUUCAGGCUAAAAUAUGAAAAAUAAACGGCUCAACUGGAACUUAGGAAUGUGUAAUAAGCCUCAGAACCAAAUAUAUUCGAGAAGCAGAAUUGGUCUAAGAGACAUCAAAAGUCAAUCAGAAUCGAGAGUUUACAGUCCAGCUAGCCCAAAAUAAUCCCAAUAUUCUCAAGUGGGAUGACGAUGAGUCAUAUUAUGAAUCCUCUGAGGACACUGAUGACAUGAAUAAUUAUCCUCCUAAUACCAGAAAUUUAUUGAACGAUUUGAAACAGAGAGGAAGGCUCCCAAAAAAUUUAGAGUUUCUUGCAAAAGCUCAGCCUAAAAGAAGGAAGAUAAGGAAAAAUUAUAGUUUCAUGAAGAUAUCAAGCCGUAAGUCAAGUAGUGCAAGCUCUGCUUCUCAAGUUGAAACUGAUGCUAAAGGGAAUCUGCUUCUUAAUACAAAAGAUGGCAAAUAAAGGUAAUCAGUCAGAUAUUAACAAGAAUAAAAUAUCAUGAAGAGCAUUUGGAAGGACUUUUUAUCCUUUCAGAAAGGAGAAGCCUAAUCUUCCUAAGAUCUCUUCCCCUCUGAUGUCGCCUAAGGACUACUUCUUUAACGCUCUGCGAACUAGAGAGUUCAAGCAGGAGCAAAACAGGAACCCAUUAAUUAGCUUUGGCAAGACUUACCAUCCUCGCAAGAAAAUUAAGAAAAAGAAAGAUGUCUUUCACAGGAUCAAUCUGAACAAUAAUUUGAAGAACAAAAUCACAUGCAAAAAGUUCAAUAUUGAAAUGAACAGGACUGGGAACAAAGGGAUUAAUAUUAAUACUUCCAAGAACAAAGAUGUAAAGUCUAGAGGAAAUACAAGAAAGAAAGAUAGAAAGAAAUAUAUGAGAGGUGUAAAGUCAGUGUCCCCAUUUGCGUUGCAAUUGUCGAGAAAGGAUAUUACUGAUGGGUAUCCUGUACCUCAUGAGGAGAGAUUUAAUAACAAGUGCAGAGUGCACCAGAAGUUGUAUUAGCUUAAUUUUUCAACCUGGA